UCUCUUAAAAACUUUAGCAGCUCAAUUUUAUAAAUGGGCAUUCAAUUUUUUCUUAUCACAACACAUUUCUCAAAGGUUCAAGAUUCUGGAAACAGGUUCGAACCGGAACCGGUGUCUGCAGCGGUUCGGGUAAUGGAAAAACCGCCUACCAAAAAUUGGUCUUAAAUCGGACAGGAACCAGUCGGUCGAACCGAACCAAAGUCUGACCAGUUUUUGAAGAAAAGCUUUAUACGGCACCGUUUUACACCAAUCAGGGGAAAAAAAAAACAAAAAGCCCUAACCCACUCUCCCAGCCCGGCAGUCCCCAGUUCCCUCAGCUCUCUGGCCUCUCUCUCAAGUCUCAACUCUAGAAGACCUCCAUCUCUGAAGGCAGCAGAGGAAGUUGCAACCUCCAUCUUGUCGCCGUUCUUCAACCUGUCCAGCCACCGACGCCGUCCGUGUUGCUCCAACGUCGUCGCAACGCCUCUAUUCCGGCUGUUUUGACGAGCUUCCCUUCUGUUUCGCCAUGCUUCCGCCGCCGUUACGCCGUGCUUCCGCCGCCGUCCAGCCUCUGUUCCGCCGCGCUCCAACCCUCGUCUUCUAGCCUCUGUUCAGCUUCGGUUCCGUCCCGUGGUCCAGCCUCUGCUCAGACGCCGUUCCGCCGCUGUUCAGCCUCCGUUCCGCCGCUGUUCAGCCAUCUCCGUUGAGUUAUAAAGCUCCAGCUCCCUCUCCCUCCUCUGUUGAUUUUCAGAACGUGUGAAAGUCUCAGCAAAUACAUCCCAGUGGCAGAAUGAGCAAGAAGGCGACAGCAGCACCUGAUCCGGUGGCGGUGCUACGGGGUCACCGUGCUUCCGUGACGGACAUUUGUUUUCAUCCCUCUGAUCGCAUUCUCUUCUCUGGUUCUGUUGACGGUGAAGUUCGCAUUUGGGAUACCCUUCAGCAUCGAACUCUCUCUUCUUCUUGGAUACACAGUGCUGCCCACGGGAUUGUUGCUGUCGCCACUAGUGCUUCCCUUGGAACCAAUAAAUUCGUUAGCCAGGGUAGGGAUGGAACUGUUAAAGUUUGGGACUUUGUUCAUGCUGCUUUGUCUAGGAGUCCACUGCUUACCAUCAAGACCAACACUUAUCACUUUUGCAAGCUUUCCACUGUCAAGAAUCCUAAAUGUUUCCCUACAAAAGAACUAGGGCGACGAUCUCAUAUAGAAAUUCUUGACGAUAGAAGUUCUUCUCAAAGUUUCGAAGAAAAUAUGUAUGCUGACGGGCUACAGUAUGUGGCUUUAGCAGGGGAGAACCCGUCUGAGGUCGAAAUUUGGGAUCUCAAAUCAGCUGAAAGAUUUGUACGACUCCCUUCAAGCAACCCUAGUAGCUCUUCAGUUUGCAACAAAGACAGAGGGAUGUGCAUGGCACUUCAAUUGUUUUUACCAUCUGAAUCACAGGGAUCUCUAAAUGUCUUGGCCGGUUAUGAGGAUGGCUCCAUGCUUUGGUGGGAUGUACGAAAUCCUGGAGUUCCAGUAACCGCUGUAAAGCUCCAUUCUGAACCAGUUUUGAGCAUCUGUAUUGAUGGGUCAUGCAGUGGGGGCAUCUCAGGAGCUGCGGAUGACAAGAUUGUAAUGUAUAGCUUGGACCACUCUUCGGGUAUAUGUGUAAUCAAGAAAGAAAUCAAUUUGGAGCGACCUGGCAUAUCAGGCACUUCAAUUCGUGCUGAUGAAAAAAUUGCUGCAACUGCCGGUUGGGACCACAGAGUAAGGAUAUAUAAUUACCGCAAAGGAAAUGCUUUAGCAAUACUGAAGUAUCACCAUGCAACGUGCAAUGCUGUAACUUACUCAUAUGAUUGUAAGCUUAUGGCCUCUGCCUCCGAAGACACAACGGUGGGGCUUUGGGAAUUAUAUCCUCCUCGAACAUGAAAUAAUUUUUAUGAAUCUAUUCGAUGCCUGUAAUUAUAUCAUGUGAAUGAAUGAGUGAAUGCUAUCUUAGUAAUUUCAUUACUAUUCUCCACUUAUUUAUGUUGAUAACGUGGACAAUAAAAAUCAAUUAUUAAUUUAA